AAGUUAAUCUUUGAAAAAUUCCAUUCCCUCUUUGGGAAGAUUCCUAACCUAAAAUAAUUUUAAUUUUAACCUCAAUCUUUUCACCAAACCAGUCACAUAUUUAAUAAAUUUUGCCCAUGGAACAAGAACUAAAUACACUUGUGGAGUGAAAAUUGGAUGAAAUUGUAAUAUUUAGUAGUACUAGUAGUUAUAAAAUCGGAAGACCAGCAAUUUAUAUUCUUGAUGAUAUUUCAAGAUUGAGAAACAUGGCAUUGAAGGCUGCUACUAAGGUUUCUAUGUUGCUUGGCCAAUGCGUUCCUUGCAUAAAACAAAAUGCUUCUAAAUUCAAGAUCAAGCGUUUGGAACUUGAUACUAAUCUCAAUAUGUAUUUUCCCAAAGUUGAAUAUAUCUAUGCUCACGAUCCUGAAAAAAAAUGUAAGACUGGUGACGUUGUCUUAAUACAACAGUUACCAGAAAGGAUGACUAGACUUAUCACUCAUGAAGUGAAGGAUAUCAUUUACCCUUUUGGGGAUAUAACAGACCCACUGUCUGGCAAAAAAUGUGUAGCUGGAAAGUUUAGGGACCAUAUAGACGCUGUUAAUAAGGUUUAUGGAGAGUCGGACUCUAGAUUCGAAUAUGAAAAAGCACCAGAAAGAGGAUGGCAAGAAGAUAAGAAAGACUUCUCACAUGCUGAAACUUAUAUCAAAUAUCACGAAACAGGUGAAGAUCAGCCAUAUGGAUAUUAACCUUGACUGGUUUCAUGUAAUAUGUUAGUAUAUUGUACCUAAAAGUGAUGAAAUACAUGUGCACAUUAGAUUGUUCAUUAAAUAAAUUAUGUCAGUGGCAUUCUAUCACUAAUAA